AUGAGCAGCGAAGAAUUAUCCGACGAUCAAGUUAGUGCUAUUAAAGAAGCCUUUGAUUUAUUUGCUUCACAAGAAAAAACAAUCACAAAAGACCAACUUGCGCAAGUUAUGCGUGGACUGGGUCAAAACCCCAGUGAAACAGAAAUUGUUGAUAUGAUUAACGAAAUUGAUGUUGACGGCAAUGGUAUUAUUGAUUUCCCAGAAUUCCUUACACUCAUGGCUCGCAAAAUAAAAGAUACAGAUGCAGACUCAGAAAUGCGCGAAGCUUUUGGUGUUUUUGACAAGGACCACGAUGGAUAUAUUUCCAAAGAAGAGCUCAAGACAUUGCUCCAGGCAAUUGGCGAGAACAUGGCAGACGACGAAAUCCAAAUGUUGAUGGAUUCCAUAGAUACAAAUGGUGACGGUCGGAUCGACGAAGAAGAGUUUAUUGCUAUUUUGCGUGCUCAUUAA